UCUGUCCCACCUCGGACAGAGUUCCCGUUGCAACACAAUCUCUUCAUCUCGAGGUCCCGACUUGACCCCAAAGGUGCCUGACAAACUCUAAAUAUCUGCCACCUAUCCGCCUCCAACCUCGAGUCGUCCCCCCUCGCUGCUAUGCACGCGAACUGAACACCGAGCCAUUGCCAGAGCCAAAACAUGUCGUCGAGAACGAGAGACGCGUCCGAGCCCCCAGCCAUGUCGGGCUCGCCAAUACCCGAGUCGCUGACUUCAAGGUCAAUAGUCGGCUCGAUCCCUCGAGCCGAUGCAACAGCUCGACUAGCAUCGCCAGUACCUUCGGUUCCGCAGGGCACCACGCCCCCUCUCCCCCGAUCAGGUUCGCCCGCGCCUGGAGCGGAUAGUACACCGUUGGCCGGUGCAAAUGGGGCGAGCGGGAGCUAUCGCGGACCUGGCAUCUCAGCGUUGGCUGCAGCAUUGGGAGACUCGCUCGGGCAAGAUCCGCCGCGUCACGGUACACCCUCCUAUCGUGUUGGCACACCGCCUCCGCGAGCGCAGUCGCCCAGCGUCACCGGUCGGCUCACGCCCACAAACUACGGAUCGUUCAACUCGCGUUCCCAAGUAGGUCCCGGAAGCGUCGCGCCUUAUGAGGACGUGGACGUUGUCAAGAGGCACCUGGUUCAGCCCAGUGACGCGGGAGAUCUCGCCGACUCGGAAGAAGCCUCUUUGAUCAGCGGCCCCACCAAAGGUAAACAAGCCGACAACAACCUCGGGGACGACGAGUUUUCAAGCCUGCAGCUGCAGGGCGGCGACGUGACCCGACCGAUUUACAAGUGGACGGAGCAGGCGGAACGGCAGAGCAAGAUGCAGCGCAGCAAGAGUUUCCACCAGCCCCGACCGGAGCCCGAGCACGAUACACUCGACAUCAAUUCGAUCAAGGUGCCUGGUGGCUUCCGCAGGAACCAUCUACGCCGACUAGCUGGUAGCCCUUCCGGCACCGAGCGCAGAGGUCUCCACCAGCCACACGUCGAGGCGCAACAGCCUCCGUUGUUCACGUCGAGCUUCUUGGAGUUCCUGACCAUCUACGGCCAUUUCGCUGGCGAGGAGCUGGAAGAAGAUGACGAGGCGCUGGGUCCCAAUGAGUACUUCUCUUCCGGCGAGGACACGGAUGGCUACGGCAGCGGGGAGGACCACGAGCCGAUGGAGGACAGUGCGCUGUUGCCGCCCUCCAAGAGGAGGCGGAGGAGAAAGGUCCGCACCACAGGCAACAACAGCCCCACAAACGCCAUGAUGCUUCUGCUCAAGUCCUUUGUGGGCACGGGCGUGCUCUUCCUGCCGCGUGCCUACCUCAAUGGUGGUAUGAUUUUCAGCAACGCCGUGCUGGUUGGCGUGGCCAUGCUCAGCUACUACUGCUUCGUGUUGCUGGUCAACACAAGGCUGCGGGUCGACGGCUCGUUCGGUGAUAUGGGCGGCAUCCUAUAUGGCAAGUGGAUGCGAUUCAUCAUCCUGACUUCCAUUGUCAUUAGCCAGAUUGGGUUCGUUGCGGCGUACACUGUGUUCACGGCUGAGAACCUGCAGGCCUUCAUCAAGGCUGUUUCCAACUGCAAGACGUCGAUCAGCAUCCCCUGGCUGAUCUUGAUGCAAAUGGUCAUAUUUUUGCCUUUUUCGCUCCUUCGCGACAUUGGCAAGCUAGGCUUCACGGCUCUCAUUGCCGAUGCGUUCAUCUUGGUCGGCCUCGCCUAUCUGCUGUACUACGACAUCAUCACCCUCCAUGCGGAGGGCGUUGCCGAUAUCAUCCUCUUUAACGAAGAUAAUUGGACAUUGUUCAUCGGCACCGCCAUCUUCACCUUUGAGGGCAUCGGGCUGAUCAUCCCCAUCCAAGAGUCGAUGCGCCACCCAGAAAAGUUCCCCAAGGUGUUGCUGCUGGUCAUGGUGAUCAUCACUGUUCUUUUCACCGGCAUGGGAGCUGUUUCAUACGCGGCAUACGGCUCAGACACGGAGACGGUCGUUCUCCUCAACUUGCCGCAGGACAACCGCAUGGUCAACGCCGUCCAGCUGCUGUAUUCUUGCGCCAUCCUGCUGUCGACGCCGCUGCAGAUCUUCCCCGCGAUCCGCAUCGUCGAGACGGAGCUCUUCACGCGAAGCGGCAAGUACAACCCCUAUAUCAAGUGGCAGAAGAAUGUCUUCCGCUUCUUCAUGGUGAUGCUGUGCGCCGGAAUCGCCUGGGGCGGUGCGGAUCACCUGGACAAGUUUGUUGCUCUCGUUGGCAACUUUGCCUGCAUCCCGCUUGUCUACAUCUACCCACCCCUGCUUCAUCUGCGUGGCGUCGCGCGCACCAAAUGGUGGAAGUAUUCGGACAUGGUGCUGUGUGCCUUUGGUCUCGUUGCCAUGGCCUACACGACAUCCCUCACGGUCCUCAGCUGGGCCAACUCUGAGCCAAAGAACCCGGGCUAUUGCGACAAGAAGGGCAUGGGCCUCAUUUGAGUCUCACGCGCCUUUUGGAUAUGUACAUUUGUCACCUAGAACGUACGCCUAUUGUUCUCAUAGAUUGGGCCUCUCGGUAUUUCAGAUAGACCGAAUUGAUAGCCGUUUAUAGCACUCCGUGUGUGCUCCGUACUAUCAGACUAACAGUCUUUUGUGGAUUAUGUACGGGGUAGCUGUAGCUGUAUCCGUACAUGUUCUCCAACUAUUAUCUCCGUGCCAAGCCUCGGUCAUCGAUACCCCGGCGCGUGCCGAUG